UAGGAAUGUAGAAUAAAUUCAUGUAGAAUAAGGAAUUAAUAUGUGCUUAAUUAUUACUAAUAAAUAGCUAAUAGUCUAGUAAUAUGCAUGCUAAUAAGCAACUAGUUAAGAGACCUUAAAAUAAAGUGUUACCCACUUUUGUAUAGGGACCGAUUCUCACUAUUAACUAGUUGCUUAUUAGCAUGCCUAUUAUUAACAUAUUGACUGUUUAUUAGUACUUAUAAAGCACAUAUUCUGCAUGACCAUAUUCUACAUCCCUAGUCCUACCCAAUACCUAAACUUAACUACUACUUUAAUAACUAUUAAUAAGCAGCAAAUUAGGAGUUUAUUGAGGCAAAAGGCUCCUUACAGUAUGUAUUAUACAGAAAAGUUAGCUGUUGUACUACCUUUGGUAUACAGUAACUUCAAAGCAAACAUGCUUCUCAUUGUCCGUCGCCAAUCGUGAUAAAAGCAUGUGGGAAUACAGUUGAGAUUUCUCUUGAGUCUGCUUUCUGUCUUUAUAUGGAUUAACAGGUAACUGUUGCCAUGGCAAACACCCACUCAUGUGCCAAACAAAGACCAAGAUGGGCAGAUUUUCUCUUCCACACUUUUUAGUCCACUCUGUUUAAAGCAUUUGGACAGUUGUGUAUUUUCAAGCUUGAAGGAGCUAAUGGAAUAUCUCUGCAACUGAUUCAUGGGAAAGUGCUGAACUAAAAUCGAAGAUGGAAAACACAACCUUGGUAUGUUCUGCCCAAGGCUGGUGCGGCCCGAACGUUUCCACCUUUUCAGCCGAGUGGGAUGAUAACGUGAACUCCUUCCUGAUGGCACCUGACGUGAUCAAACCCCCUCCACAGUUCCAGGAUCCAGAGGAGCCGAGCCAGGCAUCACCCACUAACUCCGCUGCCGUGAUAAGACGAGAUAGAGAUUGUGUGAAGAAAGAGCGUAGGAGUCGACCAACCAGUAACAUAGAGCUCCACAGACGCUCCUUGUCACUUUCCACCACUGUCAACACCAACCCUGGUGUGGUCCGGCGCCGGUGCGAAAGCUAUGCACUUUCAUAUCCCAGCAGCAGCUCAGAGGACAGCGGCAGCGACAGCACCUCCGCCAGGAGGGGAGAUCGACUCCCGGAUGCCGUGCCGCGAUCUAGAUCCCGGAGCAUUGUCCUCAAGAAGGCCAAAAGGAAACCGGCUCCACCUGUGCGAACAGUGUCGCUGCAAAGGCUCGCGGCGGAGAAGUAUUCAGAACACAAAUUACAGGGGCUUCCUCUGAAAAAAGACGCCCAAAACGUCAUGAUACUGCCAGAUCUCAUUCCAACCUCAAAGCAAGAAGUUGGUAAGAGCAAGAAACCAACAGCUGAAGCACCUGGCAAGGCACUGAAGACGUCUGUCUCUAGUCACCGAGCACUAAAUGAGCUUCGAUCCAGCGAACCAUGCAAGUCGGGCUUGGGCCCGUCCGUGGCAACUCCAAUAAACCAAGGUACCCCUGGUAAUUAUGAAAUAAACACAUCCCCGUCUUCUUCCCACUCCUCGCCCUCCCAGCCUUCCAUCUCCUCUCCUUCCAAACGCUUCGGGUCGAACUCUCCAUCGAGUGGCUAUGCAAGCCAAUGCGAAACACCCACUCAAUCAGUCCUGUCCUCAGGACCUUCUCAGCUGGGCGGCAGAAUGCGCCAUAAGCCUUCCAGUGUUAUUCCUGGCCAAAGGGCGAGAAACCGCAACGCAAGGCUAUCUCUUCAGCUCCCUGAACGUCAGCAGCACACUCCUGAUCCAGAGCCUUCUGUGGUUCAGCCAAAAGUAAACCGCCGCUACUCGGACAGCACCGAAGCCACCAGACCCAAGCAAAGGAUGAGUAACAGUUUAUUGAUUAUGCCCGUGGUUACUCAGGAGGACUUGAACAACGUGCGUUUACGCUCGGUUAGCAGCACAGAUCUUGAGAAUGCGCCGGAGACUACAGCGGACGUUAUCGAGGAGGAGAUCUCUUUAAGCCCUACAAACCACCAAAAAGCCAAACCUCCAGUGGCUCCCAAGCCCCAGAGAAAUAAGUGGCCACCCAAUGCCAUGGUUCAGCCACGUUUUGGAACGGCUUCUGAUCCAGAACUGGCGACAGUCAAACCCAGUGAGAGACCGGAAGAUAUUUACGCAAUGAUUAACAAAGUAAAACCCACAGUAACUGUACCAUCUCAAAGUACUGACCAAGCACAUCAUCUGAAGCAGCAGAAGGACUGCUACUUUUUGGAAGGACAUUCUCCACAGCCAAUGAGAGAGUCCCAUCAGCCACAGAAUCCAAAUGUGCUCCCCUUCAGCACAACCACCUGCUCUAACCAAUAUGAACUUCAUAAGAAGCGAAGAGCCCCACCGCCGCCUCUGACGAAGACACCAGCUGUGGACAGUUCAUUUUAUUAUAACUCUGCUGAUCAGAAAAGCCCAGACGAAUCCUUGUCUCCAAGUAAACUCAAGUCUCCGAAGUCUCCGAUCUCUGCAAGUCAGUACCAUGUUACCCUAUAUGGCGUAAUUCCAUCUUACCCGAUGGUCAUUGAGCAACAGCACUCAAAUGCACCAGAUCAGCCAGCCUACGAUGUAGAGAAGAGGGACCGAAUGCCCGACCUUGGACCUCUACAACUGGUAGGAGAGGAAGAUGAUGUGUUUCUUUACAAGUCCAAAUCUCAAACAACGGAGGACCUGUUCACCAUAAUUCACAGGUCUAAAAGAAAGCUCCUGGGUCGUAAAGACUCCUUCGAAAACAAGCAGGGUGACCCGGCCACUCAGACACUCGGCAGCGCAGCGUCAAAAACCAGUUCUCAAAAUGACAACUUCAUGGCUUUUCUGAGAAGGACAAGAAGUGCCAAGGCUAGUUGCAGUGAACGAAUCUCAGCCACAGAGCUCCUCAGAAGCUCCAAGCCCACGGCUACCAUCGCAGAAAACAUGACCCACUGCAAAAAUAGCUAUGUACAGUCACAUGGUCCAUAAAGCACCCUUUUCCCCAGUCAUGUUUUAUAUCUAAAUUAGUUUGUGACAAAAGUGCCAUGUUAAAAUUUCUGAAAUAAUAUAUUAAAAGUAUCAAGAAACUGGCUUGUAAAUAUUUGCUUUUGUUUUGAAUAAGAUCUAAAGUAGAAGUUAAAACGUAUAUCUUCCACGUAUGAAAACAGAAUGAUUCACAAUUGUAAAUUCAAAUAUAGCUUUAUGUGUUAAUGUAAAUAUAAAUGUUUUAAGAGUUGAGACGCUAUCCUGAGAAAAUAUAUUACAGUUCUCGUCACUAUAUUACUGAAUAUUAAAACAUAAAUAGUUUGUUGUGUUUGGACUUCCUGCCUUCCACUAGGAAGACUAGUGUAUAUCAAUGACUGUUUUAAAGAUGUUCUGCUGUAGAUUUGCACAUGUCCAGUAUAUUAAAUUACUUUUCAGAAGUAACUCUAGAAUAUUUUUUUUUGUUUCUCAGAACAUUCUACGGUAUUUUCACCCUUUGCAUGCAUUUCAGUUGUUUCAUGUUUACAGAAAUGCAUAUUUAGUAUUGCAUAUAGUUUAAGCUGAUCUCAAACAGGAAGUGUAUCUAUCAUGUAUCUCAUCAUAUUAAAAAAAAUAUGUGGGAUGUGUGAGGAAGAGCUGCCAGACAUAACAAGGAAUAAUUCCUUAUGAAUUAAUAUAAUCUUCAGGUUGCAUUGAUGUAAAACUGUAAUAGCAUCACACACCUGCUGCAGCCUGACUUUGAAGGGAUUAUUACACGUGAGAGACAAAUACUCUCACAUUUGUUUUUUAUUAUUAUUAUUAUUAUCAUGAAUAGGAUACUGCAUGAAAAUUGGCUUUUGCUGCAUUAUGGGGAGGCAAUGCAGUUUAAACAUUUCUCCUAUAACAACACACAUCACAUUUGACAUGGUAACUUUACUAUAAUAUAAACAAGAGCAUGCAUGCAUUUAAUAUUGCAUUAUGAAGCCGAAAAGGUUCUUCUCAAGCAAUCAAUUCAGUUUUAAUUCAUAAUGGUGUUGAUCUUGUGUCUUGGUACUUCUGUUAGACAACCCAAGCUGAACAAAAUAAGAUGUUUGCAUAAAGAUGUCACAAAAUGCUGUGCUCUUAACCUCAGUGUAAAUAACUAUGUGAGACUAUACACAUAUAUAGACCUAUGAUUUGUGCUAAAUACAUUUUAAUACAGUAGCUAAAUAUUUCAAUAAAUGCUAAAAUUCUUCAAGGUCUUUAUCAACAGAUUCAUAUUUUAAUCAUAAAUUUGGAUGGCCAAAAUCACUAUCAGUGCUGGGUAGUAACUGAUUACAUGAAUGAUGUAUGAAACAAAUAAUUACGCAGGUUACUAAACACUGGUGAUGUACAGCUGUGAAAAAUAAUGUCCUCAUCAUAUCCAGUGACCUUCAGUAACUGUUGAUUCUGGACCAAAAUGUUUCAGACCUGGAAGACUUUGGACAUGUAAUGUUUACUAAUGUUUAUUCAUAUAAUGUACUGUAAUAUAAUGUUUAAUGCAUUUUAUGGCAUUGAUAUAAAAAAAUGGAAUAUA